AGGUGGGCGUGGCUUCUGGUGCUGGGUCGCGAGAGAGCCGCUGGCUCGGAAGCACCUAGGCAGCCAUGUCGUUCAUGCUACCGCAUCUCCACUCGGGCUGGGCCGUAGACCAGGCCAUCCUGAGUGAAGAAGAGCGUCUGGUGUGCAUCCGCUUCGGGCACGACUACGAUCCGGAGUGCAUGAAGAUGGACGAGGUGCUCUAUUCGGUAGCCGAGGAGAUCAAGAGCUUUUGCAUUAUCUACCUCGUAGAUGUGAAAGAGGUGCCAGAUUUCAACACCAUGUACGAGCUGUACGACCCAGUGACCGUGAUGUUCUUCUUCCGGAAUAAGCACAUGAUGAUCGACUUGGGGACGGGCAAUAACAAUAAGGUGAACUGGGCAAUGAACGACAAGCAGGAGUUCAUUGACAUCCUGGAGACCAUCUACCGCGGCGCGCGCAAGGGCCGAGGUCUGGUGAUCUCUCCGAAGGACUACUGUACCAAGUACCGCUACUGAUCGCGUGGCGGGGGAGUCGCCCGCGCCCUUUCCGCGGUCGGCGCGCAGGAUCAGCGCCUACUCCAUUGCAGCGGGCACGCGUCUGGAGUAUUCUCUGGCAGGCCUCCUGCAAGUCCUGGCGCCGCCCAAGCGCACGGGGGGCCCUUCCGAGGCGUCGGCGGACGCAGGGGCGAGGCCGCGGACUGCGGUGGCGGCGGCGCGCGCGCGCGCGCUGGGCGCGCGCUGAGCGCCUGGGCGCUCCGCGCGCGCGCGCCUGGCUUCUUGCGCCCGCCGGCGGAGAGAAGCCCGUGCGUGCCACCUCGGAACAUGUCCCCA